AUGAAUCCCACUAAAGUAUGCAUAAUUGUUUUCUGUGUUUCACAGGUUCAUGUAGCUGAUGCUAAAGAAAAGCAGAAAAUGGGCAAAAGUCCAACAGUCAAUGCUGAUGUCGUAGCUAAGAGAAAACACCCCCUAGCUGAGGGCAACAGUGGGCAUCCAUACAAGCCCAGAAAAAGGAAGACAACUCAUCAAACUCUUCCACCUAAGAACGCUCUGAUACAACUGAAUGACAUCAGGCAGGGCCUUCAGUACAAGCUGCUCUCUCAGACCGGUCCAGUCCACGCCCCUGAGUUUGUGAUGAGCGUGGAGGUCAAUGGGCAGCUCUUCAAAGGAUCUGGUCCCACCAAACAAAAGGCCAAGCAGAGGGCAGCAGAGGCCGCCCUGCAUUCUCCACUUAUGUUUAAACCCACAACUGAAACUCAUGUGGUCAUUGGCAGGACCAGGUCUGACCCACUGGACUUCACCACAGACCGGGUGGACUUUCAGGACAACUUCUACAAUACUUUUGAGAACUGUGCUCCAUCAGGAGACAACUAUCAUUUCUCAUUGAACAGAAUCAGGUCCUCUGGCUCAUUGGCAUCAUCGGAGUAUUCAAUACAACAGUCCCAGGUCCAAAAACCAAACCAUGCUUAUCCAUCACCCUGCAGCUCCACCCUAAUCUUACCUCGACCUAAAACCCCAGCCAUGAUCCUGAAUGAGUUGGUGCCAGAUCUGAAGUACACGGUUGUUUCAGAGAGUGGGAAAAGUCAUGAUAAGAACUUUGUGGUGUCAGUGACGGUGGACGCUCACAGUUUCCAGGGUUCAGGACGGAACAAGAGACUGGCCAAGGCCCGGGCCGCACAAGCUGCUCUGUCUGCGGUGUUCAACAUAAGGCCAUGUCAGACUCCAUCACUGAAGCCUGAGCCCAGAGAAGGACCACAGCUUCACCCACCACAGGCCCUCGCAGACACCAUUUACCGUCUGGUCAAUGACAAGUUCAACAAACUAAGCCAGAAGCUAACAUCACAAAACUGUCAAAGAAAAGUCUUGGCGGGUGUAGUGAUGUCAACAGGUAAAUAUUAUUUUCAAGCUCAGGUCAUCUGUGUGUCCACCGGAACUAAGUGCAUUGAGGGUGAAUAUCUGAGCGACCGUGGUUUGGCCCUUAACGACUGCCAUGCUGAGGUCAUCGCAAGAAGGUCACUCAUCAGAUUCCUGUUCUCGCAGCUGGAGCUUUUCCUUCAUGAGGACCAAAACAAGCAGCAGAAAUCAAUUUUCAUCAAAGGUGACGAAGGACAAGGUUUCAGACUGAAGGAGAACAUCCAGUUCCACCUGUACAUCAGCUCCUCUCCUUGUGGCGAUGCUCGCAUCUUCUCGCCUCAUGAGGCAACAGCAGCGGAUCAUGGAGACAAAACUCUGAAGAGCAAAACUCGAGGGCAGCUCCGUACAAAGAUCGAGUCAGCUGAAGGAACAGUUCCAGUCAGACCCGGUGGAACCAUUCAAACGUGGGAUGGGAUUCUUCAGGGUGACAGGCUGCUCACAAUGUCCUGCAGUGACAAGAUUGCCAGGUGGAACGUGGUUGGUCUCCAAGGUUCUCUGCUGACCUACUUCACGGAGCCCAUCUACUUCUGCAGCAUCAUCCUGGGCAGCCUGUACCACUGCGAGCAUCUGUGCAGAGCCAUGUACCAGAGGGUGGGAGAGGUGGAGGAGCUGCCCCCGAGCUUCACCUUCAACAGACCACUACUCAGCGGGAUAAGUGACGUGGAGGCUCGUCAUCCAGGAAAAGCAGCAAACAGCAGCCUGAACUGGACGCUGGGAGACGAGGAGCUGGAGCUGAUUGAUGCCAUCACAGGAAGAGAUGACAUGGGUCAACCUUCAAGACUCUGCAAACACGCCCUCUACAGUCGAUGGAUGAAUCUGCACUGCAAGCUCUUUGCUUUUCUGAGGAUCAAAGCAGUGACACCCAGCAGUUACUAUGAGGCCAAGAAGACAGCUGUGGACUACCACUCCGCCAAGAAGAUUCUCUUCAAAGCCUUCCACAAAGCUGGACUUGGUGUUUGGGUGAAGAAACCAAAAGAGCAGGAUCAGUUUUCUCUCUAUUACUCCAGUCAGUGACGGUCUUAGAAAGUUAAACAGUCAGAUUGUAUUAAUGGACAGUAAAUCAGUGACCUGUUAUAACAAAUGUGUUUCAGAUAUGUGACACUGCUCAGGUUUCUCUUUGUCCAUAUGUCCUCUAAAUCUAACUUCUUAAAACUAUCUUAAAUUUGUUUUUGUAAGUUCUGAUGCAAAAAAAUUAAAACUUUGUGUAAUUGCUUUCACACAUUUUAAA